UGUUUGGUAUCCCACCUUUGAUAGUUUUUUAUUUUCUUUUCCAUCAUUUCCGAUAUCUUCAAAUGAUGAUUCCAUUCCAACGAUCCCAAAAUUAGCUAGGGUAGGAAGUAGUGGCAAUAUUUCAGAGUACGCUAUUGGAUAUAAUGCUGAAUACGGUCCAUCUUUUGGAGGUGGUUGGGAUUUAUCAAUACAAAAUAAUAAUUUAAUUUAUAGCUAUGGUCCUUAUUCUUAUCCUGAUUGUGGUGCUUUUGUAACUAGAAAUCAAUAUCUUGAAUUAGAAGAGUAUGAAGUAUUUCAAAUAAUCACAUUAAAAAAAGAAUCUUUAAAUUCUGUCGAAAGUCGUGAUCAAUAA